AUGGCGGCCCCCAACUCUCAGAUAACCAAGCCGUCUGAACCGUUCGAUAUUGUCGCGACGUACAAUGACUUGCUUCGUUCCGAUCCUGACUUGACGAUGCCAAUCGCCGCUAUUGAAGCCCUCGUCCUUCUCCUUACACACUCCCCUUCAUCCACGAUAUCAGAAACACUCGACCUCCUCGAGAAGUCCACCACGCACUUGAAGAAGUCCAUUCCCAACCCCAUCGGUCUUUCUGCAGGAACCGAUCUUUUCCAACGAUAUCUCAUCACGACUCUUCAGAGGCCCGGUCAGUUGGGGCCAGCGGGAGAUUUCAAUGCUAUCCGAGCACACCUUCUUUCCAAUAGCCGGCUGUUCAUUCGACGCGCAAAGGAAAGCCGAGAUAAGAUCGCCGGCUUCGGAAGGGGCUUCGUUCGUGACGGCAGCACAGUAUUGACGAAUGGAGGGUCUAGAGUCGUCGCUUCAUUACUACAACAGGCUGCGGACGAAAAGGGUGGGCCAUCUGCGGUGCGAUUCAGAGUGAUAUACGUCCUUUCGUCACCAAAGGGGGAUAUUGAGAACCCAACUGCUGAGCCGGAGGGCAUGGAGACCGUGCGCGCGCUUCGGGCGAAGGGUGUUCCUGUGGCUACGAUACCAGAGUCUGCUGUGGCCUAUUCACUCGGCAAGGCGGAUGUGGUCAUUGUUGGUGCGGAGGGAGUUGUGGAGAAUGGCGGCAUAGUAUCGCGAAUGGGCACCUACCAGAUUGGGCUUCUUGCGAAGGCCAUGGGGAAGCCGUUCUACGUCGUGGCAGAGAGCCACAAGUUUGUCCGAGUCUACCCGCUGGGCCAAUAUGACCUGCCCAUUGAACAACAUGUUAUCGACUUCAAGACGCAAGAAGAUGUCGACAGCGCUAAACAACAGCAACGACCUACGGACGUGCCAAAGUCACCGAGCUUGAACUCAGAGUUUGAUGCAGACUCAGUAGACUUCACACCACCUCAUUUGAUCUCUGCACUGAUCACUGACAGUGGUGUCCUGACACCAAGUGCUGUCAGUGAAGAACUGAUCAAAAUAUGGUUCUAG